CAGAAUCCUUUUCGGCACAAGGCGUGUAAUAAUGGCGGAACACUUCCCCAUAAAUGUACAAAUAUCCAAGGCAAAACCCAACAAAAGCAACACAUAAAAAGCCUUUAGUGACACAGCACGAUAAAAGGAUAGUCAAGUAAAGAAUCUUUUGACUCAGGGGAUAUAUUAGGGUAUUUUUAGUUGUUAAAUUCUUCGUUUCUUUGGCUGGGCGUUAGUUGCUCCAACAGUCAUCCGACUUAAAACUGCACAGGAUUUUCCAAAGACCCUCAGAGAAGCAAAAUGGGGAAUGUGUUUGCCAAGUUGUUUGGGAGCAAAGAGAUGCGCAUUCUAAUGUUAGGAUUAGAUGCUGCUGGAAAAACCACUAUAUUAUAUAAAUUGAAGCUUGGUCAGUCAGUCACAACCAUACCUACUGUAGGAUUCAAUGUAGAAACUGUUACAUACAAGAAAGUAAAGUUUAAUGUAUGGGAUGUUGGAGGACAAGACAAAAUCCGUCCUCUGUGGCGCCAUUACUACACCGGUACCCAAGGCCUCAUCUUUGUUGUAGAUUGUGCAGAUAGGGACCGUAUUGAUGAGGCCAGAACAGAGCUACAUAGGAUUAUUAAUGACAGGGAGAUGAAGGAUUCCAUUAUUUUAGUUUUUGCAAAUAAGCAGGAUUUACCUGAUGCUCUCAAACCUCAUGAAAUACAAGAAAGGUUGCAACUAACACGGCUUAAAGACCGCAAUUGGUAUGUCCAGCCCUCGUGUGCGACCACUGGUGAUGGCUUAUGCGAGGGACUGUCCUGGCUAACAGCAAAUCACAAGUCAUGAUGAGGUGCUAGUUUAGGGGAUUGUCCAUACAAUAGCCAGGGUCUUUAUAGAUCAUCACACUAUGUACCACUCUGAGGCCAAUACCGACAGCUUACUGUACCCCAUCCACCCUACGUAUGAAGUCUGUUGGAAGGCUCACAUCUGGGGCUAUUUGGAAAUAUUUUGGUUUCAAACAUUGGGAAUUUUGUGGUGCACAAAAGGUUCUGGGUUCAAUGGGUUACAAGCCAACCCAGGACACCCCCUCCCUCCACCUUCUACAGGACUCCCAAUGCCUCAGAACAGGCUUUUGCUUAAUUACCCCAUAUGAUAGCCAUCAAGCAGACUCUGAGUAUGGGGCUGACAUACUUCUGUUAGGGUAGUAAUAGUUUUUUUUUUCAGUCCAAAAAGGAUUUUAAACUUUUUUGUAGCACAAAAUAAUGGCACAGUGAUUUACAAAUUUUUUCAAUGUUUGUGAUGUUUUUUUUUCUGUUUUGGUUUAUUUUGGAAAAUAAAAUUAGCUCUGUAUCUUGCCUUUUUUAUUUGAGACAAACAAUGGAAGUCCAAUCAAUUAUUAUAUCGUAUGAAUAGUAAUGCAAUUUUUUAUAUCUGUAGUAACAAAGUAUAUUCAUUUUGAUAGGAUUGAGCUUCACAGGGUUAGAAUUGUGCUGUCCUCCAAGAAUUCGUAGGCAAACAAACCUAGAUUGCCCAAUUGACUAUCAUUGUUUUUGUUUUAAAUCAUAGAAACUUUGUAGAAGGAAAUGCAAACGUUAUAAUGUUGUAAUAAUUACUACAGACCAACAAUAAGAACAGCAAUAGUCGGGCUGUUUAAUUGACCUAUUGAGUCCUUGUGUGUUUUAGUAAUUGUGUGGUGUACAUAAAAAGACAAAAAGAACAAAUUUGCACCCGAGCACACCAUUGUUUCAUAGAUUAACUGCAACAUUUCUAAUAGAGACCACCUUGUCAAGUCAAUGAUAACUAAUAUUUUAUAGCUUGAAGUCCUAGCCCAUUUAGCUUUAUAAUGUCUUUGAUAACAUUAUAAAUUCUUGCUAAUCAUAAUUCCCUCCAUUGGCUCUUUUACUCAAUCCGAUCUGUAAAUACACAUAAUUGCUAGAGCUCUAACAUUACCAAAUGUAGUCAUAGUUAACUGUGUUGUGGUAUAGAAUUCCAAGUAGUGUUACCAUGGAUUAACGUCUCCUAUAAGGAGGAUUUUAAUCACCUGAUUUAUGUAAAGAGUUUAUAUAGUACAUUUUGGAAAUAUUAGUUUUAAACUUAGAUCAAAUAAACGUGGUACUUGCAAA